AUGGGCUUCGCCUGCCACGCCCGCUGGGCGCGGUGCCGCGCGGCGCACCUGUCGCCGUGGGCGCGCAGGAUGAACCUCGUCGCGCCGGGCAACGCAGCGUCGCGGCGCGGCAUCGCGGCAGCCGCGCCCGCGCAGCUGCUGUGCGCCGAGCUCCGCCCGGCGCUGUCGUUCCCCGAGCAGAGCGGGGGCGCUGGAGGCCCAGGCGUGGUCUCGGGUGUCUUGGAGGGCGCGGGGACGGGCGCCGACGAAGAGGACGGCGUGGCCCUGCUGAUCCGCCAGCUGCAGACGGAUGGGGUGGUCGCACAGCUCCUGACCAGCGUGCUCGAAGUAUGCGAAAGAUGCCGGGCCGCGCAUCGUGCGUCACCAGGGGCUCCCGCGGAGCACGCCGCUGGGCGUGAGAGCUGCUCGCCGCCGCUGCGCGAGCGCGCGGUGCCCACGCGCUCGGCUCCCGAGGCGCGGCGGCGGCGGCUCGGCGGUCACACGGCGCGGGCGCCGCCUGGCCUCUCGACCCGCUGCUGCGAGCCGGGGAGCGCGCCACGGCAUGCGCUCUGCGGUCCAGCUGCUCCCCGCACCCCUCCAG